AUGGCGGAACAUGUACUGACCAAUUAUAUAGAUGAAUGUAGAUCAAAUCCGUGUCAAUAUGGCGGACGUUGUAUAGAUCAUGUGAACGGAUUCAGUUGUCUAUGUGUUCCUGGGUAUAUUGGUUCGAGAUGUCAAACAGAUAUUAAUGAAUGUGCUUCAAAUCCGUGUCAUCAUGGUGGGACGUGUAAAGACCAAGUCAAUACCUACAUGUGCAUGUGUGUUUUAGGAUACACAGGAGUAAAUUGUCAAACAGAUAUCAAUGAAUGUGUAUCAAACCCAUGCGCAAAUGGUGGAAGUUGUUCAGAUCAUGUGAACCGAUACACUUGCUCAUGCGUACCUGGAUAUAUUGGAUCUCACUGCCAGACAGGUAUCUUAUAA